GCGUUCAAAGAGAAACCUCCAAGCCUCUUGCUUGUUAGCAUAACCAAUAAUGACUCUACCGAUCCAACCAUUAGGCAUCGAUAAGCCCUCGUUGCCACUGCGCAACGCGUGCGGCGUGGGUAGGAGAAGGCCGGCCUGUUUGAGUGCAGCGUGGGCCGAUCCACCUAUCACUAGAAGGGAGAGACGCAGGGCUAUUUGUUCAUGGUCGGUAGGGUACGGUACGCUGUUUGAGAACGACGAAUUGCCAUUGACCAGUCAAGAUUUGACAUCCUUCAAGAAAGGAAAAGUGGCCGACCAGACAGCUCUGAUAGAGCCGCGAGGUCGUCGAAUAGUGACCACCUCGACCGCUUCCCCCCAUGCCCCGCCGAGCGGAUCCGUUCCCGCUCGCCGCCCGUCCCGUUCCAGAGCUGAACCCCUUUUCGCGAUGCCCGGCAUCAAGUCGUUGUUGAACGGCAGGAGGCGCAACAGCGGCCUUGAAAAUCCCCAGUCGCCAUUGGUGGGCAAAAGAAGACAGGCGAACGCAGGCGAGACUGUACCUGUGGUGAAACCUGCUUCCAGCCUAGCCAGCCUGAGGAAAUGCGAGACCGUGUUGGCUCUCACAGGAUAUCUAAGGUCCUCAUCUUCCUCGAGCAGCAUCGAACCUCUGCAACCGAUCAACAGAUUGCGAGUAUCGCCUCAUGCGUCCCAUUCUCGCAUGUGUUCCAGAUGUUCGAGCCUUUUGACGUUGGCCUCGAGUUCUCGCUACUCUUUGAAUACAAUUGGGGCUGGUUUCGUCCCUGUUCCGCCCGAAGAUCCCCCUUUGCUCUGCAAACUCUGUCUUGCUGAGGUGCCUUUAAAGGACAUUGUGCGCAUCCAGCAGUGUGACUGUGCCUUUUGUGUAGAGUGUAUGAAGGCUUAUGUAGAAUUUGAAAUUAGUGAAGGGGCGUAUGAUAUUUCAUGUCCUGAUGCACAAUGUCCCUCUCAGGGAGUUUUACUACAAGAAGAGAUUAAAAGACUGGCUGGAAGUGAUUUAUUAGAGAAACAUAAAAAGUACAGAUUAAAUAGAGAAGUAGAGUUAGACAAGUCUCGCACGUGGUGCCCCCGUGCAGGUUGCGAAACUGUAUGUACGAUGUGUCCACAGAAAAAAUGCACACCACAGAGCAUUUACUGCCCGACAUGCACCACUGAUUUCUGCAGUAACUGCAAAUCGGAGUGGCACGAGGGUUUGUCUUGCGAAGAAUACAGCAAACAACUGACGAAGGAGGGCAAAGUCGAAGAACCAGGAAUUCCGUUCGAUUCAGAUCUCAUCAAGUGCUGCCCCAUGUGUAAUGUUCCUAUCGAGAAAGAUGAAGGCUGUGCUCAGAUGAUGUGCAAGAGGUGCAAACAUGUAUUUUGUUGGUAUUGUCUAACCAGCCUUGACGACGACUUCCUCUUGAGACAUUACGAUAGAGGGCCCUGCAAAAAUAAGUUAGGCCAUUCCAGAGCAUCCGUUAUAUGGCAUCGAACCCAAGUGAUCGGCAUCUUUGCCGGCUUUGGCAUUUUGCUGUUAGUAGCCUCUCCUCUGUUACUUCUGGCUGCACCGUGUAUAGUGUGUUGUAAGUGCAGAGUCUGCAAUGCAGGGACUAAACUGGACAACGAAGAAGUACAAGGAGAAGAAUCAUGAUGCGUGCUUCAAUAAGUUGUUUGGGUUGCGGUUAAUUUCUAGUAGCUUAUAUCCCAGAUUUAUGUAGAAUCAUUCGGUGGUUCAAGUGGAGAAACUUGAAAUUUUUGCUCUGCAUACAUUUGUAUCAACUUUCCCCUUUAUUAAAGUUACGAGUUUGUUCCGAUGAUCAGCUGAAUUCAAAGAAAAACUGAAGUAGCAAUAAUCGUGGGAAAAACCUGCCGUUACUUGUUCUGGUUACAAGCAAACUUUUUAGGAAUUAUAUAUUUCUAUUUCCAGUUUCAGUUUUGUGUUUCUCUUCUUGAGCCAGGCUUUGAUCUAGUCUAUGAGUUGAUAAAUAAAUACGUGAAAAGUCUGCAAUUUUAUUGCAUCACUGUUGAGCCUUUUUGUAGUUUUAUAUGGGUUUUAACAUGGACGGAAUCUGUGAUAGAACACUGUGAUUUAUUAUUUACCGUCUGUGUCUUCAACUCGUGUUUAUUUAUAAUUGUAGAUUUUACAAUUGUUAGUGUACACUGUUAAUUUUAUAGCAAUACUGAAUGCAUAAAUUCUUCGAGUACCAUCGCAACCAUUUUUGGUUAAAAAUUUCAACGAAUUUAAACUUAGGGAUUUCUUAGUUCUUUUUACUCCUUUUUGGUUCAUCCAAAUUGUGUUUUUGAAAAAAAAUUGAAUUGUUUUUGAACGUUUCGCAGAGUUAAAUGGAUCAGAUGUAGAAAAAACAUAUUUUAUUUGAUGGAAAGGAAUGUCAUUUUACUUUGAGAAGAAUGAUUCAAAAUGGAGUACUUGAAUAUCAAAACA